CCUGGUUAUUUACAAAUGUAAUAAGUAUUAAUAGUAAAUGUUAAUAAGAUAUUGAGUAUUUAAUAAGCAAAAAAUAGUACAUACAAUAUAACCUUCUUAAUACCUACCUAUUUCAUUACAGAUCCAGCAGUUUUUGUCUAGAACUAAGAACUCGUCGUUUGCUAACUGGUUUAAGAUUAUAUAUUCACAAGAAACUGAGAUGUGAUAGGAUAGUACGAAGAUGACGAAAAUUAACAUAUUACGAGGUAUAGCACCGAAGUUUGCUGAAUCCGCGCAUAUUUAUAGACAGUUUUUUGGCACAUUCGCAUCAUCGUUACUAUCUCUGAGUGGAGGUCUAACUUUUGGUUUCACUGCGGUGCUGUUACCUCAACUCGAACAUGAUCCUUAUUACCAGUACGAUAAGGCUUAUGACUCAUGGAUUGCGUCAAUCUCACCUUUAGCGAUGAUGAUGGGAUGCCUCUUCUCGGGAUCCAUGAGUGAUGGUCUUGGCAGGAGAGCUGGCCAGAUUGUCCUGGUCAUCCCCUUCACCAUCGGCUGGGUAAUCAUGGGCUUCGCUAAUGGCAACACCGCUAUGCUCAUAGGGAGAUUCAUCACGGGAAUAAGCACUGGAGCCAUCAGACCAAACAGUAUCGUGUAUAUCGGAGAAAUUACCGAUCCCAAGUACAGAGCAAUUGGCCUAUUUGUGCCUUCUUUAUUACUCCAUAUAGGAUCCUUAAUGAGUCACACAGUAGGCAAGUAUGUGUAUUGGAAGACGAGCUGCUUUAUUUUCGCUCUACCCAACAUGUUAUGCAUAGCUAUCCUGAUGUGUCUAAUGGAAAGCCCGCUCUGGCUGCUCUCAAAAGGGAAAAUCGAAGAUGGCAUAAAAUCUUUCCGCCUAUUCAGAGGUACUGGUGAAGCAGCAGAAAGGGAACUCGCAAAAGUUCUAGAAAAGACCAAAGAUAAAAGUGAAAUAUCAGCCUUUAAAGAAAGUGUGAAUCUAAUUUUCAGUAGACCUUUUUUGAAGUCUUUGGCUACGAUAUUCCUACUGUUUGUAGCUGUUCAGUGGUGUGGGAUUAACACUUUAACCUUUUACGCUCAAGUCAUAUUCGAGAAGACCUUUGCAGGGGAUAUUGAUGCUUACAUGUUGAUGUUAGGGACCGAUGGACUUAGAAUAUUGACGGCAGUGUUUAUGUGCUUGGUUGCAAAAAUAAUUCCGAGAAAAACCUUUUUUGUCUCAUGUUGUUUUAUAGCUACAGUUGUUCUUAUAAGUUUAGUCGUUUACUUAUAUUUGAAGCCUGAAGGAAUGGUAUGGGUGGCUGUGAUGUGCAUGGUCAUUUAUAUUGCUGUCGCCAGUGCGUUAACCAGUAUAUCCUGGUCUUUCGUGGCAGAAAUAUUCCCGGCAAAGGUUCGCGGUUACGGCUCUGGUAUGAGUUCUGGAUUAUCGUUCGCUUUAUUAUUCAUUUCCGUGAAAGUAUCACCAGAAAUUAUGUUUAGACUUGGUGAACAGGUGAUGUAUGCUGGUUUUGCGGCGUCCACAUUAAUUUCUGGUAUAAUUCUGCAUUUUAUUAUACCAGAUACGAAUGGGAAGUCUCUACAAGAGAUUGAAAAUGAAAUGUUCGAAAAGGAAGGCAAACAAACAUCGGCCAAUACAACUGUAUAAAACAAAUGUAGUUUAUUCAAGUUACUGCGUUAAAUUAUAUUACAAGAUACAUGUGA